UACGGUCACUGCUGCGGCCGCUGGAUGUAUUGGACUGAGAGAAUGUGUAAGCAGCUUAGCUGUGUGACAGGCGUAGUACUGGCCGGAGCGAUGAGGUUGUGAGGGUAGGUGUGUGGUGCUUCUCAGGCUGGAACUGUGUCAGUGUGUUGGUGUGUAGCUGGAACUGUGUCAGUGUGUCAGUGUGUAGCUGGAAUUGUGUCAGUGUGUUAUUGUGUAGCUGGAACUGUGUCAGUGUGUUGGUGUGUAGCUGGAACUGUGUCAGUGUGUUGGUGUGUAGCUGGAACUGUGUCAGUGUGUUGGUGUGUAGCUGGAACUGUGUCGGUGUGUAGCUGGAACUGUGUCAGUGUGUUGGUGUGUAGCUGGAACUGUGUCAGUGUGUUGGUGUCUAGCAGGAACUGUGUCAGUGUGUUGGUGUGUAGCUGGAACUGUGUCAGUGUGUUGGUGUGUAGCUGGAACUGUGUCAGUGUGUUGGUGUGUAGCUGGAACUGUGUCAGUGUGUUAUUGUGUAGCUGGAACUGUGUCAGUGUGUUGGUGUGUAGCUGGAACUGUGUCAGUGUGUUGGUGUGUAGCUGGAACUGUGUCAGUGUGUCAGUGUGUAGCUGGAAUUGUGUCAGUGUGUUAUUGUGUAGCUGGAACUGUGUCAGUGUGUUGGUGUGUAGCUGGAACUGUGUCAGUGUGUUGGUGUGUAGCUGGAACUGUGUCAGUGUGUUGGUGUGUAGCAGGAACUGUGUCAGUGUGUUGGUGUGUAGCUGGAACUGUGUCAGUGUGUUAUUGUGUAGCUGGAACUGUGUCAGUGUGUUAUUGUCUAGCUGGAACUGUGUCAGUGUGUUGGUGUGUAGUUAGAACUGUGUCAGUGUGUCAGUGUGUAGUUAGAACUGUGUCAGUGUUUCAGUGUGUAGCUGGAACUGUGUCAGUGUGUUAUUGUGUAGCUGGAACUGUGUCAGUGUGUUGGUGUGUAGCUGGAACUGUGUCAGUGUGUUGGUGUCUAGCAGGAACUGUGUCAGUGUGUUGGUGUGUAGCUGGAACUGUGUCAGUGUGUUGGUGUGUAGCUGGAACUGUGUCAGUGUGUUGGUGUCUAGCAGGAACUGUGUCAGUGUGUUGGUGUGUAGCAGGAACUGUGUCAGUGUGUUGGUGUGUAGCUGGAACUGUGUCAGUGUGUUGGUGUGUAGCUGGAACUGUGUCAGUGUGUUGGUGUGUAGCUGGAACUGUGUCAGUGUGUUGGUGUGUAGCUGGAACUGUGUCAGUGUGUUGGUGUGUAGCUGGAACUGUGUCAGUGUGUUGGUGUGUAGCUGGAACUGUGUCAGUGUGUUGGUGUGUAGCUGGAACUGUGUCAGUGUGUUGGUGUGUAGCUGGAGCUGUGGGAGUGUGUUGGUGUGUAGCUGGAGCUGUGGGAAUGUGUUGGUGUGUAGCUGGAGCUGUGGGAAUGUGUGUCUGUUUACUAGGGUGACGUGGAGUGUGAGUGUAUGAGUGAGUCUCUAGCCAGAUUUAGAGCAACACGAAUGUGUAUUUAGCGAAAACAGGGAAGGCAUGACAGAGCAUGAGAUUGAGUGUAUGAGUGAGUUUUUCCAGUAGUGUGUGUAUGCUAAACUGUUUGUGACUGUGUGUGAGUUUCAGGACCAGGGGUGUGUGAGUUUCAGGACCAGGGGUGUGUGAGUUUCAGGACCAGGGGUGUGUGAGUUUCAGGACCAGGGAGGUGUGAGUUUCAGGACCAGGGGGGUGUGAGCUUUUGAAGAGGGACUAACCAGAUGUUGCCUUUUGGGACACCUCCUUCACCUGGACUCUAGACCCCAUGUAAGGGGGGUGAGGAUUACCCCGGAUUCCUUCACCAUGGGGAACAGCGUCCACAAGAACAAGAAGAGGGUCCCUGAAUCCCGCAACGGACCCUCUUCACACCUCAACCCUGACCCCCGCCCAGGCUCUAAACCUGGCCCUAACCCCAGUCCCCGCUCAGGGAAUACCAAAUCCUUCUGGCACUUUGGGCGGGUGGAUAAACUCAAAACAGCUGGUCCUAAGUGUCUGGAUGAACAGAAGGAGUUGACAGUUCACUACACAGCCUCCUCACACUACCAGGAGAAUGUGUUCAUCGAGGGCAACCGCCCUCAGUACCUGGAAGACCUGCACACUGAGGCACAGGAGGGGUUAAAGAUACUGCAACAAGAAGAACACAACAAAGGAGUGACCUUUCAGGAUGACCUUUCAGGUGACGCAGAUGUCAGCCCCGACCACAGGGAUGGAUCUCAGGAGUCAGGAAGUACCGCCGGGAAUCCUGUUACCGCAGUGACCUCUGCUGGAUUGGCUGUGUCCACGAGACCUGUGCUCACACGCCAAGGCUCCACAUUCAAGCCUCUGAACCCAGUGAAGAGACUGGACAAGAGGAAGAACAGGAGGACUACUAUCAUGGGCAUACCCCAGCAGGUCCAGAGAGAGCUGGCCCUUCACAGUGGCUCUGAGUACAAAGUUCAUUCCCAGCUCCCUAACGGCUCUGUCGGACAGGGUAGAGACGGCCAAUCAGGUGUGGUCGUCAUCCCCACCAUCGACGGAGAGACCCCUCUAGCCAACUACGAAGGGGCAAGAGUACACCUCUCAGACCUGGAGGCAUCCAGAGAGGAGGAGCUGUUGAGACACCACCUCCAGUCUGUUUACAGGGACGACCAGGGCUUCAGCCACCACAGGGGACUGGACUCUCGUCUCUCCUCCACCCAGAGGCCCAAGUCUCUGGCCGUGCCUGGCACGACCUCCUCCUGCUCCUCUGGAUUCCCCAGCUUCCUCCAGGAGCCACAGGGUCCGGUGAUGUCCAUCUCUCCCCAAGCCACUUACAUGUCUAAGAUUAUCCCCAACGCCUACCUGCCGGCCUCCGUCGACGUCAUACAGAUUGACCGCAGCACCAGCCGUACCCGUGGAAACAAAGGUAACGGAGCGGUCCGUACCGUCAGCAAGAGCUGCCUGGCGUCCGGGUCGUCGGACAGCCCUGCAUCGUCGAGGAGGUCGGGCGGUGAAGGUUGCUAUGAAGGCGGUGACAGCGUUUCACAUGGUGACAGUAGUUCCUGUGACAAUGGCUCUAAGGUGACCCCACACUCAGUGACUUCAAGAUCCAGCUGGAGCCACUCGCAGUCUUCCGAGACGAUCAAGUCCAACUCCUCCGCCAUCUCCUCCACGAAGGGGAGCUUCGGACUUGCUAACACACAGACGGUGAGCCUCAUUGGGCAGGAGACACAGCUGCAGCAGCCUGGUGCUGGGGACCAGGACAAGGUGAGCCUACAAAACCCCGCUAGCUGGGUCAGCAGCACUAGUAGGGGUACUGGUACUGCGACCGCUCAGGGGGUCCUAUCUGGAUCUGGGGGGAUGAGCGAUGUUGGAGGAGACUCUUUCAGAUUCUCUCGCUGUCUGUCGAUCAUGAAGACCAAGUUGCCCCCGGCUCCCCCCAGGAGAACCAACUCACUGCACCAUGAGAAGAUGAUAAAGAGGCGACUGGUGGAGAUUAAAGACCUCAGUGACUCUGCGGGUGGGAAGUUGGAGGCUGCUGAAGACACAAGCUUAGUUACGAUCGAGAUCUCUAAAGAGCUCUACAAAGAAAUCACAAAGAGCUCUGUCCAUGUAGCCAAAUCAUCUGGGGUUAACUCUUUAGAUGAUACAAGAUCUUCCGCAGCAUCUAGUCCUCUGAGUCCCACACAGGUCUCCCAUGGAGGUAGUGGAAAAUCAGGGGGGCCAGUGUCCAGCAGCUCUUCCCCCCAGAAAGCCCCAUCAGAGGAGGGUACAUUUGAAAGGACCAUGUCCCCCUCCAGUGGGUACUCCAGCCAGAGUGGUACACCGACACUUUCCCCCAAGGGGAUCCUCCCUUCCGUCUCCCCAGGUAAACAGAAGAAGUAUCCUGUCAAACCGGAACGAUCUGGUUCAAGAGCUUCCUUCUCUUUAGCCUCAGUCUCCUCUUCCCUCACCUCCCUGUCCUCAGUCACCUCAGAACUCGUCAAUCGAGAGGCCUCGAAAAACAGUUUUAACCCUCUUCAGCAGGCCUCCCUACCCCCGGCUGUUAUGAGAAUAGAAGAUCCAGAAACGGUGACCCCGGUCCGUUUCUCUUCAUCCAUGGCGAUCAGUGAGCUGCUUAACAUUCCGCCACCCCCUAAAAUCAAAGCCCCUUCCCCGCCACCCCCGGAGACCUGGGCCCACAACAGACACACCUUCGAACUGCUGUGUGGGCCUUGCCCCAACGUCAACAGGCUAGCACAGCUCCAGAAGCAACAGGAACUAAAAGAGCAAGCUGCCAUGAUUGAGCAAAAGCGGGAACCUCAAACUAAAGCUAGCAAAGAGUCUGAAGGCUCGAACAAAAAGCAGGCUACGGUAGAAGAAGUUACUUUGACAAAAUCAGAAAGCAAAUACAUUGUUCCCCGAGACAAGACUGAGCCUAUGUUAGAGCAGGCACCUGAGGUAUCGGAGAGCACAGAAAGUCAAACGAAAGAACAAGGAAGCCUGGCGGUGAUCGCAGAGAAGGUAAAAGCAAGUGUAGAGAUCCAGGACCAGAAGCAGGAUCAGAGUAGUAGUAGCAGUAGUAGUGUUGCACAGGUCAAGGAUCAGGAAGAGAGGCUAGAGACACAAGUUAGUUUAACAAUGAUUCCAAAGAAGGAACCCCCUCCUGUCAUGAAGAAAAGUACUCAUAGAAAAGAAGCUAAAGUUCAAUUAACAGCAGACAUACAACAAAAGUCGCCAUUUGAUGAGGUCACAGUAGAGGUGAAGGUAGAGUCACCCAGCGAGAGUGAGAAGUGUUCUCCACAGGCUGAGGUAGUCGCUAAGGAAGUUGAGGUUGAGGUAGCAGCUAAGGAUGUCGAAGGUCAGAGUACUACUGAAAACACUAUAGAGGAAAGUCCCACCAAAUCUACACAGACCCUUGCCGUGGAGCCUCCCAAAGUGGACCGGGUCUCUCCUCCAGCCUCACCUCCCCCUUCCCACCACCCUCCUCCACCUCCUUCUAAGACACCUCCCUACUCUGUGGCCCCUCCCCCACCUGAGGUAGAGGAGGAGUGUGAGGAAGAGAUUCCCAUAAUACAGUCCUGCUGGCCCCCUCCACCCCCACCAGAGGAGCCAGCAGAUUCAGUCUUUGAUGAAAUGGACUUUCCACCUCCUCCCCCUCCCUUCAUGACGGAGAGCUUGCCAGAUGUGGUGGAGACAUGUAACACAGUCGCUGAUGUCCAGGAGGCGUCCAUUAUAGCUCUGGAUGGGGAGGAGGUUAAGGAAACCGUGAAUGUUUUCACUGUCGCAACUGUGAAUGGGGAAACUACAGAUCUUUCACCCAUUUCCACUCAAAUGGAGCCAAAAGAGGAUAAACCUGAAAGGGUGAUUCUGAACUCUAAUGCUCUAAUCCCAACUGAUGAAACCAGCUUUGAGGAAUCUGAAUCAGCUGAGCUCCAAUUAAUUCCUUCAGAUGAUUCAGCUGUCAUUUCUCCAGUUCAGCCCAAUGAAAAAGAGGCAGAGGUCAAGCAAUCUGCCCAGAAACCAAUCACAAUGCAAGACACCCCACAACCAACUGAAUCACAGGAAGUACCGCCCUUACCAGAGGAUGUCCCUCCCUCACACCAGGAAGCUCCUCCUCCUCCACCAAUGACAACAGCCUUGGUGCCCCCAUCAAGUAUUCCUCCUCCACCUCCUAUCAAUGUCCCGCUCCCUCCCUGUGUACAAUUUGAGGAUCAGAUGCCCUCUGUGCUCCCUAACAGUGUACCACGUCUACCACCCAUUAACAUCCCUCUCCCACCCCCUCUCCCAACUGAGAACCAACCCCCUGUGAUCUUCAGGAGACAACCCAGCUUGGCGAACAGAGAGACCAGGAGCAAAGAGCUUCUGUCUAGGCACAAGAGUGUCCCUAUUCCCAAAGAAGAUGCCAACAUUCCACUGGUCACACCCUCUCUGCUUCAAAUGGUACGUCUCAGAUCGGUCAACGUUGGCGACGACUACGUUAAGGCGCGUUCCGACGGCAACAAUUCCAACAGUGAGAAACCACCUGCUCAGGAUCAGAGUUCAACCCAAACCCAAGGAUCUCAGAACAUAACACCCCAAAAACCAAUUCGGAGAUCCCUGUCACUAAAAUCCACACCUCGGCCACUGAAGUCGUCACCGGCGACGCUCAUCGCCCCCUCGAUGAGCAUGCAGGAAGCUAUCCGAAUGAAGACAGCAGCCAUGUCUUCCAGAGAUAAUCUUCCAACACGCUUUAGAAUGCCAUCCUCCACCUCAAUUCCCAGUUGCAGUGGGGGUAAAUCAGGAAUGUUAUCCCCAUUGUUACCAGAAGGGGGUGAGAUGCUAAAGACCCCCACCACCACCACCACCGCUAGCUUCAUCUUCUCCAGGAGCUCAAAGAAGGUUGUCAUAGAAACGCCUGCCUCCUCCUCCUCCCCCGAGGUACAGGCGAGCCUAAAGCAGAGCCUAGCCGCGGAACUCAAGCGCUUUUCCGAACAAUCUAUGGCUUCCACAGUCGCUAAUGGCAACGUUGGAAGAACUGGGAUUCCGAGGAGAAUUCCUCCACCCGUGGCUAAGAAACCAGCUCACACCUUGGAGAAGCCUGUGUGUUCUACACUGAGGAGCACUCCGUCUCCAAGGGGAACAGAAGCUAACGGAGAGACAGAAACAGCGCAACCUGCAGGCCAGCAAGCACUGACAGAGGACAGCAAGUGAAAUGGAGACGUCUAACAUUGUGGAAGCACCAUUGCGCUUUUGAAAAAAGACUGGAUUCUUGUGGAAUGGGACCAAGACGGAUGAACAAAUCAAGGACUACAAAAACCUGAGAAACAUGGGGGG